GUACACACGCUCCUCUCCGUCCUCUUUGCACCCGCUCCUCCCCUCUCUGUCCGUUUUGUACCCGUCCAUUUGUGUUUGUUCUGAUUUGUUUUCGCUCACCCAUCCUCGUGCACUGUGCAAUCUCUCAUCUCCUCCUCCUCCUGUUGUCCUUCAAUCCCCUCCAUCAUCCACUCUCCCCCGUACAUUCAAUCUCCUCCUGUCUUCUAUUGUCCUCCCAUCCUCCUCCAUUGUCCCCCCAUCCAUUUCCCCCCGUGGAACAACUUCCCUUCUUCCCGCCCUUGCUCUCCGAGACCUUCAUCCCGAACUCUGUUUUGCCCUUCUUAACAUCCACGUAACCUCUGCUAUAACAAUAAACGGUUCACCCCUCGCAAUAAUGGCCGGAAUCUCGAAACUAGAGAAGGACGAGAUGACGAUCGAAGUGGAUCCUGCGGUUCUCGAGAACAGUGAUGCCGACUACGAGUCCGCUGGUUAUGAUUCCAGCACUCAGAGUCUUACCUCGUCUAUCAACGAAUGGAUCUUCGAGAACGGCCGUCGUUAUCACGUCUACUUCGGAGCGGAGAAGAACCUCAUGCCCACGGAUGAGGUCGAGCAGGACCGCCUCGACAUGCAUCACGAGUCCUUGCUGCAGAUCCUCUCGGGGAAGCUUCACCUUGCCCCUCUCAAGGAACCCCAUCGUAUUCUCGACGUUGGCACGGGCACUGGUAUCUGGGCUAUCGACAUGGCUGAUAAAUAUCCUUCUGCCGAGGUGAUCGGCAUCGAUCUUAGCCCCAUCCAGCCCAAAUGGGUCCCGCCGAACUGCCGUUUCGAGGUCGACGACGCCGAGCGUGAAUGGACCUACGCCGAGAACUCGUUCGAUUUCAUCCACUUGAGAAACAUAUCGAUCUCGAUUAGUGACUGGCAGUUCUUGCUCGGUCAAGCCUACAGGUGCCUGAAGCCCGGUGGCUACAUCGAGCACUGCGAGCUCGGCAUCCAGACGCUCUGCGACGACGGAACCAUGCCGGACGACCACGGCUCGAAGCGGUGCAUGGAAUAUAUCUCGGAGGCCAUGACCAGUAUAGGAAAGCCGCCCGCGACGAAACCCACCAUGGUGGACAACAUGAAGGAAGCCGGUUUCGUUGAAAUUGACGCGAACACCUUCAAGCAGCCUAUCGGACCGUGGCCUAAGGAUCCACGCAUGAAGAGAAUUGGCGGAAUGAGUGUUCUUCUGUCCGAGACUGGCUACGAGGCAUACGGCAUGGGUCCCCUUACCAGGAUCCUCGGCUUCGAACAUGCGAAGGCCAAGAAGAUUUGUGAUGAUGCGUUCGCCGCCGUGAAGAACAAGAAUUAUCACGUGUACAAUCACUAUUAUGUUGUCUAUGCCCGCAAGCCCGAGGAGGAAUAGGCAAGGGAUUGCAACCGCGUCGAGACAUUGCCUGCCUGCAGAUUUUAUUGGCUGGAGUGGGAAGCGGAACGACUUUCUCUCCACCUUGUUUAUUCGUUUUCUUUGUCUCGUCGCCUUACUGGAUGAUGAUCCAGCUGUCUUUAUAUCCUGUUCUAGCGUUCUGUUUUAGGCACUUUUAUGGUGCCGUCGAAGGUUGCUCUCGUCCCGUUUUCAGCGGACGGUCGGAUUCAUGAAUCGUGAUGAAUCCAAACCUUUCCCUGCU